AUGGCAUUCAAAUUCAAUAUUUCCUCCAUGCCCACUUGUGCAUAUUCAAGGCCAAAUCCAAACAACUCAUCAGCAUGCAGCCAGAGGAGCCAGUUUGUGGUAACCAAGUGUGAAUUGAAUGAAGAGGCAAAAUUGGCUACAAACAAAGACUCGAAACUCAAAAUUGGGUCUCCCAUUAUUGUAACCGAGGCUCCCCAAAUGCUCAAAACUGCAGCCUCUGUUCCUUGUCUACGCAUUAACGCUGGCUUGGUUAAACCCGGUGACGUCGGAAGGGUUGUCUCGAGAAAACCUAAGGAUGUAUGGGCAGUUCGUCUUAGCAUUGAAUUCUGUUUCGGGGAGUGCACGAUGACGGCGGUAUGCGGUGAUUGUUAUUGCAAGGAGCGAUGUCUACAAAUGCAUUUGGGGCGGCAUGGUUACUGCAACGACCCGGUUCCUGGAUCUAUAGGAAAAUGUUGUUGUGCAAGACAGGCCCCGGCUCAGGCUCAGGCUCAUGCUCAGGCUCUAUCGAAAGAAAAUAAUGUUUUGGGUGGUAACUAA